AUGCUCCCAAAGUUCCUCCUGCUCGUCGCCGCGACGGCGCGGGGCGCCGGCGUGUCCAUCGUCGUGCGCAACCUCGCCGGCGAGGACGUCGUCGUGAGCUGGCUCCAGCCCGGCCGCGAGCCGCGCGGCCGCGUGCCGCAGCAGGAGAAGCCCCUGAAGAACGCGACGACGAUGUCGAUCAACAGCUACGAGACGCACGAGUUCAUCGUCGCGAGCGUCGCGCCCGCGGCGGCGGCGCGCGGGCGCGCGCGCGGGGCGGACGCGGACGACAACUGCGCGUUCUGGGCGUCCGUCGGCGAGUGCGACGCGAACCCGGGCUACAUGCGCAGCUCCUGCGCGGCGUCCUGCGCGUCCGCGGACGACCGCGCGGCGGCGGCGGCGACGGAGCGGUCCGCGGUCUUCGCCGUCUCGGACUCGCCGGAGACGAUCUCCGUCGUCCGGACCGCCGGCGGCGCGUGGGCCGUCGAGCGCGCGGGACCCGCGCGGGACGCCGCGGAGGCCGUCGACGCGGCGCUCGCGGCCUGCGGCGCCGGCGGCGCCGAGGCCUGCGCGAACCCCGACGAGGCGCCGGGCUGCGCGGCCGCGUACCUCGCGCGCUGGCUCGCGCCGCGCCGCGCCAAGCUCGAGCUCGAGCGCGGCCUCUUCUCCGCGUCCUACGACCGCGUGCCGGCGCCGCUGCCGGACCCGGCCCACGAGAAGGCCGAGCCCGAGGACCUGGCCCGCGUGCACGCCACGUACGCCGCGGGCGCGCGGCCCGUCGACGUCCGCGCCGCGUGCGGCGCGGACGCCGACUUCGAGGCGUGCGCGCGGCGCGUCGCCAAGGCCGCCGCCGUCGCCAUCGCCCAGGGCACGGCCGAGGCCCAGAAGGCGACGCGGCGCCGGAGCCUCGAGAAGCGCAACGCGUCCUGCGCGGCGCACGCGGGGAACAGCGAGACGGUGGGAACCGUCGAGUGGACCUGGGCCGGCGCGGGCGACGCGAGCGCGACCUGGGGCGCGACGCCGGCGCGCGGCGCGCGCACGGGGCCGGAGCGCGCGCGGACCGUCCGCCACCUCUUCAAGCCGCCCGCGGAGCCCGCGGCGCUCAUCGCCGUCGUCGACGACUUCGUCGACGACGACGAGUGCGCCGCGAUCAUGGCGUCCGCGAAGCCGCGGCUCACGCGGGCGACGCACGCGCACGAGGGCGACCUGAGCCACGUCUCCAAGGCCCGCGACAGCCAGCAGGCCACCGUGCGGCCCGCCCGGGGCGCGACGGACCGCGACCUCGACGACCCGAUCGCGCGCGUCAAGGCGCGGUCCGUCGGCCUCGCGAACUUUCUGUCGAACUACAGCCUGGGCCUCGACGGCCAGGAGGAGCUCAUGGCCGUCCAGUACAACCCGGGCCAGCAGUACAUGCUCCACUGCGACGGCUCCUGCGACGGGAGCCCCUUCGUCGCCGGCGGCCGCCUCGCGACGGUGCUCAUGUACUGCGCGGCCGCGGACGGCGGCGGCACGGCCUUCCCCAACGCGAACGUCCACGUCGUCCCGGCCAAGGGCCAGGCCGUCUACUUCCACUUCCGCGGGCCCGAGCCCGACGGCGUCGUCGAGGACUGGCACACGGAGCACAGCGGCUGCCCCGUGCGGAGCGGCGAGAAGUGGGUCGUCACGCAGUGGCUCCGCGACGGCGUCUCGAAGGAGUUCCCCCACCACCGCUUCGACCCCAGCGGCGGGCCCAUCGGCUAG